UUUCCAGUAAAUAAGCCUCAAGUUCAACUGUUUUAUGUUUACUUUUUGUAAUAAGUUCCACAGACUUUCAGAGAUUAUAAAAUCAGUUUAGAACAUUUUUAAUUUGCAUCUAAAUACUGAAAUGGCAGGAAGUAUGUGUUCAUACAUCCUACUUUGCAGUAUCCUGUGUGGUUUUGCCUCUGCAACAGUACAUCUUCACUUUGGGAGUAUAACUUCUCCCAAUUAUCCCAGACCUUAUCCUGACAACAACCAAACAACUUGGACUAUCACUGCACCAGAAGGGUUCUUAAUAAAACUCACUUUUCAAGACUUUGAUUUAGAGCCAUCUGAAGACUGCCAUUAUGACUUUGUGGAGGUCUUCUCACAGAAGAUGUCUCUUGGAAAAUUCUGUGGGCAGAAGAACACAGCGGUUGGCAACUAUCCGCAUAAAUAUCCCAUCAUAUCCAAGGCGAAGAAUAUGACAGUGGUAUUCCAGUCAGAUUUCUCCAAUGAGUAUGAGUACAAAGGAUUUUUUGCUCACUAUGAAUCUAUUGAUUUGGAUGAGUGUUCCCAGAGCAAUGUGGUGGAAGAAGGAAUGGGAGACUUUAUUCAAAAGGCCUCAGUCUGUGACCACUACUGCCACAACUAUUUGGGAGGCUACUUUUGUUCCUGCAGAGCUGGAUUUAAACUAAUGAGUGACAAAAAGUCAUGCAAAGUUGACUGCAGCAAUGAAAUCUAUACCAAAUCAUCUGGAGUCAUAACCAGCCCAGACUACCCAAGGCCAUACCCUGCUGACUUGAACUGUACAUACAGAAUUGUCCUGCAGGAGGGACAGGGUAUAAUCAUUGACUUUGAGGAUAUGGACAUAGAUAGUCAUCCAGAAGUGGAUUGUCCCUAUGACACAUUAAAGCUCACUGCUAAUGACAAAGACCUUGGGACUUUCUGUGGUUCAAAUCAUUCGGGAAUGAUAGAAACCUUCAGCAACAUAGUUAACAUCAACUUCAUCACUGAUGAAUCUGGGGACAGUAAAGGCUGGAAAAUCCGAUACUCCUCUGAUAAGGUUCGAUGUCCUAACCCAGUUCCAAAAGAUAUGUAUACUAUAAUCAGCCCCAUUCAGGAUGAGUAUCGCUUCCUGGAUUACAUUAUUGUCAACUGUAAAACAGGCUAUAAGAUCAUGGAUAAUAACAGAGAGCGCAAGUACUUCACUUCAAGCUGCACAAGCAGAGGGACGUGGCAACUAGAACUUCCCAGCUGCAAAAUUAUUGAUUGUGGUUCACCACUAAAGCUUCUGAAUGGAUAUUUUGAAAGAAAAAAAACUACUGGAGACAACACGUAUGAGUCGAUCAUUGAAUACAGUUGCAAUAAGCAUUAUGAGAUGGUGACACACAGUGACAACAAAGGCCUUUUCACGUGUAAAGCUAAUCGCAAGUGGCAAGAUAAAAAUAAUUCCAGCAAAAUUCCUGACUGCAUUCCAAUAUGUGGAAAGCCUGUAAAUCCUGUGGAGAAGCACCAGCGGGUCCUUUCAGGGAUGGCUGCUCCAGCACAAAGUUUCCCAUGGCAAACUCUUAUUAUAAACAAGGGGAGAUCGGGAGGUGCUUUACUCAAUGAUGAGUGGAUAAUAACAGCUGCACAUGUUAUCCACCCUAAAGGUCUGAAUCCUAAGCAAAAUAUGUCUGACGUCCUACUCGAUCUUGAAAUUUACAUGGGUGGGAAUGACAUUAAUGAGUUCAAUUUCACUAGGUAUAUUGAGGCAGAAGACAUAUUUGUCCAUCCAAACUUUAAUGAAGAGGAGCACGACUUUGAUAGCGAUAUUGCAUUAAUCAAAAUGAAAAAGAAGGUUACACUGAAUGACGAUCUUUUGCCGAUCUGCCUUCCAUCAUUGGAUGACAAUGACAUUUAUGAGUCUGACAGACUGGGCUACGUUAGUGGGUGGGGAGUCACAGAAAAGCAAAUAUUGUCAAAUAAAUUAAAAUAUAUAGGACUCCCCAUUGUGAAUCAGAAGACUUGUAAAACAUCAUAUCAAGGUAAAAAAAUAAAAGAACAUGACCCGAUAUUCAAUGAAAACAUGUUCUGUGCUGGAUACAGAGAGGGAGGCAAAGAUUCAUGUCAAGGGGAUAGUGGAGGGGCUUUUACUAUACAAAAGAAUGGAACUUGGAUAGUAGCAGGAAUUAUCAGCUGGGGCAUUGGGUGUGGAAAGCCAGGCCACUAUGGGAGUUAUGUUAAAGUGUCCCAGUACCUUGACUGGAUCAAUGAUGUUAUAGAACAAAAUUAGUAUUCCAGGUAAGGGGUGGGAGAUUAACUAAAAAUAAGAAUAUCCUUAUUGUAACAUUCAUGCAUAAUGCCACUAAUCUCUUUCAACUCCAGCCACUGACAGACAUUUGACUUUUUAUGCAAGCUCUGUAAUUAUAUGGGUGCAUUUAUUCUGUAUGAAAUGAUUUAUCAAUAUAGUUCAAUUUUAAUAAAAGAUGCAAGACUAAGAAAGUCAAUUAAAUGCAUUUCUUAUGUAAAUACUCAAGAAUAUAAGGUGAAAUAGAACUGUUGCAAAUGAAAAUGAACGCAUUACUAUGUUAUUAAAUGAAAAUGCACUGCA